AUGUUGAAGGAGCGAUCUUGUUUUGUUUCGAGGAGUUACAGUUGUGAAAGGGAUAAUAGUUGGAGUUAUAUGAGUAAUUACAGGAUAGAGAAACUAGAAUCUCAGCAAGAAAAACGGCCUUUAGAAAAUGAUGGAGAUGAAGAAGUUGCUCAUGCUAGAAAAAUCAGCAAGCAAUCGAAUGGUUUAGAAAAUCUGGAACUUGGAUUAGGAUUGCUCGAGUUUUCCGUUCUCCCGACCGAUCAAUCGGAUAACGAGAAUCAUGCUGGUGAUGAUUCAGAUUCUAGUUCGCUCAUUCCUGGUAUUCAUCGCGAUAAUUCCCGCACUUGUCUUAUGAAAUGCUCAAGAUCCGACUAUGGUUCUAUUGCAUCGUUAAACCGUAGCUUCCGUGAGCUUGUUAGAAGUGGGGAGCUUUAUAGAUUAAGGAGGACGAACGGCAUAAUCGAGCAUUGGGUCUAUUUUUCUUGCCAUCUUGUGGAAUGGGAAGCUUUUGAUCCGAUCAACCAGCAUUGGAUGCACCUACCCACGAUGACUUCCAACCCGUGUUUCCAGUUUUCGGAUAAGGAAUCUUUAGCCGUUGGAACCGAGCUACUCGUUCUCGGGAAAGAGGUUCCUGAUCACGUAAUCUAUAAAUACAGUUUAUUGACAAACUCAUGGUCAUUAGGGCGGCAGAUGAAUUCGCCCAGAUGCUUAUUUGGUUCAGCCAGUCUUGGGGAGAAGGCGAUUGUUGCUGGCGGCUGUGAUCCACACGGAAGGAUUGUGAAUUCAGCAGAGCUGUAUAACAGCGAGUUGGGAACGUGGGAAACACUUCCGAACAUGAUUAAACCGAGAAAAAUGUGUUCUGGGGUGUUUAUGGACGAUAAAUUCUAUGUAAUUGGUGGGAUUGGAGGGAUGGAAAUGAAUCCGUUAGCAUGUGGUGAAGAAUAUGAUUUACGUACGAGAGAAUGGAAAGAGAUCCCGAAUAUGUCUCCUCUACGAACUGGUGGUGCCGCCAAUGAGGCGGCGGCAGCUCCUAGAACCGAGGCACCACCGCUAGUUGCAGUUGUAGAUAACGAAUUGUAUGCUGCUGAUUGUGCAGAUAUGGAGGUCAGGAAGUAUGACAAGCAUCGGAAAGAAUGGGAGACUGUAGGAAGAUUGCCAGAAAGGGCGGAUUCUAUGAACGGAUGGGGGAUCGCGUUUAGGGGUUGCGGAGACCGUGUUAUUGUUAUCGGCGGCCCUAGAACUAGUGGUGCCGGGUUUAUAGAAGUUAACUCGUGGGUCCCUAGAGAAGGUCCGCCACGCUGGAAUAUGCUUGGCCGGAAACAAUCCAAUAACUUUGUCUACAAUUGCGCGGUGAUGGGCUGCUGAAAACGCUAAAAGGUUGGUCUUUUUUCGUGGCGAUUUCAUCUUCCCGACAAAAAAUUUUCUCGUUUUACUUGAGAUUUAACGAUUGCACACGAGUCUUGAGUACGUUUUUUUUAGAGCUUUCGAUCUUUUCUUUAAUUAGUGUCUACCCUCACUUUGAAGUGACACGCGAUCGCACCUAUUCGUACCCGUUUGGUGGUCUAAUAACUUGAAGUGAUAGAUUGGUAGAUAGCUUCUUCUUUUUUUUUUCUCAAAAAAGAAAAAAACGAUCAAAAGAGUUUGAUAUAUGGUUUUUAUGAUCUUUAAUUUCUUGACAUUCCCCAAGAGAAAAAUAAGCUUGCAUGCUUGAUCUAAUGGAACAUAUACCUUGUACUAAAUUCACAUUUUGUUGCAAUUCAUAGGCUUCUCAUUCAGCCUUUCUUGGUC